AUGUCUACUGAUCCUCAGUACGAGCAUAUUUCUUCACAUUCGGAGAAAUGUUUAUCAGGUCCAAUGCCCACAUUACAUCCACAGUAUCUCCAUCAUCAACAGCGUCAUUUGCAGAUUCCACUUCAACACCAACAACAGGGACGGCUGCAAAGCGAAAAUGCUCAAGAAAAUAAUAAUGAACUUUAUCGAGGGGUUGAUGGUUUGUUGUGUAUAAACCGAGCUGCUGAUUUGGUAGUGCAUGGAAGUAUAGUGGUGGUAAGCGCGUACGCAUUUGGGUCCGCCAUAUCCAUUGCACUUUUUGAAUCUAAUCAUAAAUAUACCCCUGCCACUGCCUUUUUCCUAUUCCUGGUCAUGGAUCUCUCAUUUGUAACUGCGAGUAUUUACGCUCGGUUGGGAUGGUGGGGGCGAACGCCGGCUGGUAUGGAGCAAUUUCGAAAGUGUAUGCAAGCGCGUCUUCCUACCUCUGAUGGAGCUGACUUGAAGGCACAGCAACAGCCCAAGGCUUACAAAUGGACUGUAUCUAGCGCUGUAUUCUUGAUAGCCGACAAACCGCGUCUCUGGAUCCAAACCGGAGUGGCUGCUUUGUGUUUUUUAGCUGCAUCCAUGCAAUGGUACAAGUUUCAAAAUGCAUACAAAUGCAAAGGGCCUCCGGUUGCCUUCCAGUUCCCCUGCUCUACAGCCAAAGGUGCCAUCGCUUCAACAUUUUUAGUGGGAUUUAUGUGGACAGCUUGGUUCGGUUGGUGGCUCUAUCAGGUUCGUCGCUAUAAGCAGACUAUAGUAAUGCCAAGUGGGCAUGAUAAAAUAGAACAAGGACAACAGGGCGAUAUCUGGAUAUCAAUGCCGGAUGAUCGCAACAACGUGGGAAGGAUGAGAGAAGGAUCUAGUCUGAGUCAAGACAUAGUAAACCCAUCAGAAAAAACCCAGUCUGCCUGUCAAUUAAAUCCGAGUCAAAAGUACCAGGCGUCGCAGGCUCGCGCAUCACCAUCGCCUCUAUCAACAAAAAACAAGACUCGACAGAGCAUAGCCUCUGGAACAUCAACAGAGAGUACUUUGGGCUUGGGCAUCGGUAUAUAUGGGGAAAGUAUCAUAGAUGGUAUCGAUCUUUCGCUCACUCAAACUGAGAAUAACCAAUACAAUAGCAAUAGCAGCGGCAGCAACAAUAGUCAGGAUAGUAGCGAUGAUGAUAUAAUUGCCAUGAAGAUGAAUCCAAGCGACACGGCUACUGCGACUAGAGCCAUCCCUGGAGACUCAAUGAGGGAAGCUACUGGCUACAAUAGCUCUAUCGGGCAUAUCAAACAUCAUGUGUACAGUACUAGUCUCAGCAAUAUCAACCAUGUGUGCAGCCUUGAGCCAGGUAUUUCUCCCUCAGAUGCCGGGCAUGUUGGGCGGGCGCGCAGGAACAGUAUUAGCAGUGUCCGGCUCCGCGACCACGCUAGAAUCUUCAAUGACAGUAAUAGCAACAUCCAUGGCGGAUAUUGCAAUCGAGGCACACCUUUGAUCCACUCGGGCUCGUGUGACAUAAUAGGUGGACGCGGACUUUCCUGGAAUAGGCCAAUAAAUAGCAGCAAGUCAUUGUCCCCUGGCUCCACAACCCCGACAACACCACUGUCGCGUGGCGAAAUGGGCUACUUGGGAGCUGGGACUAUGAGAGUCCUUAACAAUGCUUCACGUUCAGUCUCGAUGGGACACAUCGCAGCCUUUAACAAUAUGAAUGCUAAUGGUAGCACAAUGGCGUCGGUUACGAUUACAGGGUCUGUAGCGUCUUCACCCCAUGGAUCGCCUGCGUUUGAUCUUCCAGUGACAUCUGGCAGCACCAGAAGCCAUCAACCGACAUCCAGCUUCUCUGGCUCAAACUCAUCUGGAGGCAGAUCACUAUCAUAUUAUCCUAGUAGUCUUGCAGAAGCUGAAACUGCUGAGCAAAGCAUGGAUGAACAUCUUAAAGCAAUCCGUCGCCGAUCUUUUAUAGCUGACCUUGAAUCAACAUCUAAAGACUUGAUGUCAAUCACAGACUCCAUGUUCGCACCGGGUUCUCCAGUUUCCGCAGCCCCUGCUCGUACAGGCUCCUUCCGCAUGUCCUUCUCCUCGCCCAACCUGACCGCUUACCGAAGACGCUCUUCAUUGGGCAUGAUAUCCGUCCUGAAUCCGCUCGUGACAUCUCUGGUUGGAUCUGAUGCCUCUUCCACCCCUUCCUCUAAUGCGUCUUCAUCUUGUUCUAUUACAGACUCUGGAAACCUUAACGAAAGCAAGGAUGAUAUAUUGUCUUUUGAUUUGAAACAGAGAUGUGCCCAGGCUGUCUCGGCUGAGGAGCUUCUUCGCUCCGAGUACGGUGAUCUCUAUUUUAGUCUACCAAAGUCAAGAUCAGAUAUUUUAGUAAAUAGCCCACUGGAGUCAUCCAAUCCAAGUCUAGGUUUUAAUAGCGCUACCACUGCAACUGGACUGCCACUGAAUUUGAUAUUAAGCCGUUCACGAUCGCAUUCUGCUUCGUCUGCAUCUACGUCAAGAACGAACUCUAGUGGAGAAUCGGAUUCUUCACACUUGACUUCCCUCUCGAAUGAAAAGAGUCGAGCGAUUCCACAGCAUAUGAGACCGCCUCGCAUUGUCUUGAAUAGGGUCCUAAUCGGCGGUUGUGCUGCUCAGACCAAGGAUGAGAAACUACAACAGCAUCUUCAGAAGAAGCCCCAACAACCACAGCAGCAAGAAGAUCGACAAGGAGUGUUGCAUUAA